AUGCCAAGGACACAGGGUGGAGCAAACUCUCUGUGCAGCAGCCUCACUGUCCUCCUCUUCCUGGAGCUGCUGCCUGUGGGGAACGGGAAGGCGGACUUCCAGGUGCUGCGGCCCCAGGACCCUGCGCUGGCUGUGGUGGGCGAGCAAGCGGAGCUGCGCUGCUGGCUGUCUCCUAACAUCAGCGCGCACAGCAUGGAGCUGCGCUGGUUUGAGCAGCUGUCGCCCGCGGUGCAUGUGCACCGCCCCGGGCUGGAUGAGCUAGAGGAACAGAUGGCAGAGUACCGCAAUAGGACGAGCUUCGUGGACCUCAACUUGGCUGGGUGCCAGGCCGCUGUGCGCACCCACCGGGUCACGUUGUCAGACAACGGCAGCUACCACUGCCUCUUCAUGGAGGACACGGCUCACGACAGCACCACCCUGUGGCUGCAAGUGGCAGGGCUAGGCUCCAGUCCCAGAAUCCAAGUGAUCCACACCCAGAACCGAGGUGUCUGGGCAGAGUAUGCCUCUGAAGGCUGGUACCCAGAGCCCUGGGUGGAGUGGAGAAACCAAAGAGGACAGAUGGUGCAUGCUGAAACUAACUUUUCAGUCUUGGCCACCACUGGCCUCUUGGCUGUGGUGUCUAGGGUGGCCCUCCUGGACAGGGCUGUGGAGGGCCUGUCUUGCUCCAUCACCAGCCCCCUCCUCCCUGAGAGGAAGGUGGCUGAGAGCCAUCUGCCUGCAUGCCUCUCCAGAGAAUCUCAGUUUACAAAAUGGACACUAGCCCUGCCUGUCUCCCUCCUUGCCAUGGGACUAGUGAUGGCUGGAGUCAUCUGCCUCUUUGGAAAAUGUCAAAGGAAUGCACAUAGGACACAACUGAGGCAAGAGACAGAGAGAAGAGGAGAGGAGCAGAGCCAGCAAUCCAGCAUGGGGAGAGCAGUGACACUCCAUGCUCAGCAGGUUAAACUCGAACUGGCCAUCUUUGUGAUCUGUCAGCUGGGCAACUUCUCCAUCCACAUGGCCCUGCAGGACCUGCGGCCAGCUGAAUCCAAGACCAGGAAGAUCCCAUACCCCACCAAGAACCCCUUCACAUGGCUCUUCCUGCUGGUGUCCUGUCCCAACUACAUCUAUGAUGUGGGGUCCUAGAUCAGCUUCACCAUCAUGAUGCAGUGCCUCCCAGUGGCCCUUUUCUCACUGGUGGGUUUCAUGCAGAUGACCAUCUGGGCCAAGGGCAAGUACCAAAGCUACCUGAAGGAGUUCUGAGUCUACCCAUCCCUGAGAAUGCCCAUCAUCCCCUUCCUGUUCUGAGGCCCCUUGCCCCCCAGGGUAUCACUGCUGCCCUGCCUGGAAUAAAGUCUGCCCAGCUGGAAAAAAAAAAGUGGGAUCAUAAACUAUUUGUCUCUCUGUGCCUGGCUUAUUAUACUCAGCACAGCGCUCACCAGA